AUGGACUCCCUCAUCGACCUGUCCGACGCCUCCAAGGCACUGGACCUGUCGCGCAUCCGAUUUCAGCUUAUUCGCCUGGAAGACACAAUCACCUUCCACCUCAUCGAGCGCGUCCAGUUCCCGUUAAACAGCAACAUCUACAUUCCCGGCGCCGUACCCAUACCCGACACCGACCUCUCCCUCAUGGACUGGUACUUCGUCGAGCAGGAGAAGCUCCAGUCCCUCAUCCGCCGCUACGAGUCGCCCGACGAGUACCCCUUCUUCCCCGUGUCGCUCAAGAAGCCCAUCCUCCCCGCCAUAGACUACCCCAAGAUCCUCCACCCCAACGACGUCAACGUUAACGACAAGAUCAAGCGCUUCUACAUAGACCAGUUCCUGCCACGCGUGUGCCCCAACUUCGGCCACGGCGACCGGGGCGUGUCGCAGGAGAACUACGGCAGCAGCGCGACGUGCGACAUAGCCGUCCUGCAGGCGCUGUCGCGGAGGAUACACUUUGGCAAGUUCGUCGCCGAGUCCAAGUUCCAGUCAGACCCCGAGGGCUACACGCGCAUGAUCAAGGCCGGCGACCGCGAGGGCAUCGGCGCGUCCAUCACCAACGCCGCCGUCGAGAAACAGGUUCUCGAGCGCCUGAAGCUCAAGGCCCAGACCUACGGGACCGACCCCUCGGUGGGCGUGGGUGUCGAGCAGAGCAAGAUCAAUGUCGAUGCCGUGGUGGCCAUGUACAAGGACUUUGUAAUUCCGCUAACCAAGGAGGUCGAGGUGGAGUAUCUGAUGCAGAGGUUAAAGCCUCGGGAAUGA